AUGCAUCUUCGGAAUCUAUUGAAAUUUGUGGGCCCUGGCCUACGCUUAGAAGAAACAGGUUUGCUGCGGGAGCCAUGGUUUCGCGCUAACGAGGCAGAUGCGUCAUGUGAGAUGUAUGCCUGGAAGUUACGAGAAAAUUUCAGGCGUUCAGUUUGUAAUUCAACUUCCGGAGUCUCGUGUUUUGCGGAGCUGUUUGAAAUGAUGGGAGAAGUGUGCACAGAACGACAUCUUGCCCUCAAAUGCGUCCACUAUACGUGGCUCGAUGAGUGCUUUGAACGUCGUGUCGGGAAAUGCGACGCAAAUGCUGUGAGUACUGCUGGAGCCGCUGGUUAUCGAGUGGCACUAGCUCGGUGUGACUAUCGAAGAUCGCAUACUUCAUCCGAAGGGGCGAACCCUCUGAUUGGAGCUCCAGUGGAUGAUGCUCCAUCACGGCUACAACUGGUUUCGACUCUUGGAUACCUUCAAACGCAGUGCGCGUUGAGUCGAAGUAAAAACUGCUCCAGUGAACAUGUACAUAAUAUUAUGUCACAAUGUGAAGAGCGUAUGAAGCCUCGAGCAGGAUAUCCUCAGUUCGACAGACACAGAUUGCUUCGGUGUAUCAAACUUGAUACCUCGAAAAAACUGCUGCUGUAUUCGGAAACGGACAAGGAACGGGAAUGUCUGGUGGUUCGGUCGACGCUUUCUGAAAUAUACACACUUCAUCAUGCCCAUUGCUAUCAUUCGUUGGUGACGCGAUGCCUUUGUGAACGGCUUCGACUCGAAGCUUUGUGUCAAAUUAGAUGCGAUCAACUGGAGCCGACCUCACCGAAUCAGAAUCAACUGGCGUGGGAUGAAUGGAGAGAUGCCCGUCUGAUUUCUUCAUCGAGGAACCCGUCUUAUAUUGUUGCCACUCUUGUAAUUUGUGUUGUUUUUGAACUUCUACGGUGA